CAAAGUAUUUGCCAAACGUAAAGGUUUUAGACCUGUCUUCUAAUCCAGCCCAACUGCUGUUGAUCCAGAAUACUGUUGGUAUACUUAAACAUAUGGUGGCGCUGCAAUAUCUUAAACUUAACGAACUUUCUGAGGUCAGCAACACUGCGCGGGAAAUUCAGAUACCUGAAUGUACCUUCGAUGGAUUGCCGAACCUUACCAACUUGGAACUCAAUGGCAAUCGUCUCAGCAAAAUUCCCUCUGCAAUCAAGUCUCUGAAAAACCUGAAGUACAUCAGUUUGCGCAUGAACUCCAUUCAGAGUGUUGGCGGUGAUGAUUUUCAUCAACCAUCUCCUCUGGAAAUUCUUCGUCUUGAUAAAAAUAAGCUGGUGGAGAUACCUGUCUCUGCAUUAGCCCAGCUCCCACAUCUGACAGAAUUGUACUUGGACUUCAACUCAAUAUCGACGAUCCCAGCCCGGGCAUUUUGGCACAACCCUCGCCUGACCAACUUGUCCCUUGCCUACACAAAUUUGACAAUCAUCCACAAGGACGCCUUUUUUGGGCUCAAUCAGCUUGGCCCUCUUAACUUACAAGGCAACAAUCUGACUACGAUAGAGGGCGGAGUCAUGACCCAUGUCAAUCCUAAGGUAAAACUACAGCUGUCUGGAAAUCCUCUUCGGUGUGACUGCAACCUGCGUGGAUUUGCGUCCUGGCUUAAGGAUAUUCAUAUCGGGUCUCUUAACAAAGGCAGAAUGUAUAUGUACAUGCAGUACUAAUAGGAGUCAUCCGGUCCCUGCACCUCGGGAUAUUUUGGGUUUGGAUUUUUCGUUGGGAUCUUUGUGAGGUUUUUCUCCUUGAAGUUACCUCAACCUACUCAUCAUAAUUCUGCUUCAUGGCUGUGGUUUCUAUCAUUCCACCUUGAUUUCGCCUUGAUUGCUGAAUAAACUUGUCUGUGAGGCAACAAAUCAA